AGUGGGAUCUGUAUACUUAUUUUCCCUUUAACAGUCUACUGUUAUUAUUACCCAUUGUUCCUUUCAAGUACUUCACAAUUGCAAAUGCAUUAUGUAUUUUCUUGCCCUCCUUCCUAUCGCUAUUUGCCCCACGAGUUCAUCUAUCCGAAGACGCCGUCGUUGCUCGAGGACAAAAUGUGACCACACUGCCCUUUUCUCUCACACUGCUGGCAGACGCCAUCAACUGAGUGUUGGGUGCCAGUCCAAUCAAGUUGUGGCCAGCUACUGCCGUACCCCCACGCACUAUCCUCCACCCUCUACACGAUGUCCAAAUUCCCAAAAAUCAUGAUCUGUGGUACGGCGACGAUACUGACCAUGAUGCUCGCAGAUCACCUGACGGUCUAUAUGCACCCCAAGGUGGGUCCAUGAAGAGAUCGAUCAGCUCUUCACAAGUGUGGCAGAUAUCAUCGUAA